AUGGAGUCCGAGCGGAUAUUGAGCUACGACAAGGACAACACAGAACGGAAGCAGCUGGUGCUGGAUUUGAUUGAUGAGGAGCGAGCCAAAGCAACCGUCCGACUAAUGGCAUACCGGCAAAGGAUGAAGCAGAAUUACAUCAAGCGAGUAAUCCCCAGAGCGUUCCAGGUCGGCGACCUGGUGUGGAAGAAGGUAAAGCCGAUCGAUGAUGUUAGUAAGCUGGAGGCCCCAUGGGUUGGUCCCUUUAAGGUCGUUGAGAAGCUCCGAUCGGGCGCCUACUACCUCGAAUAUCAAGACGGACGACGGCUGGAACGGCCAUGGAGCGCUAAUCAUCUCUAG